UUCUCCCGGUCCCUCGUGGCCGCGGUUGCCACGCUCUCGCUUGUGAAGUCCACUCAGGCAUGGAAUGUGGAGCUGCCGCCUUGCUUGGAUGAGUUCCAGCCCUUUAUCGCCUCUGGUUGUUACCAAGAUGGCAACCCUGGCAGCCCUCAAGCUCUCAUCUUCCGCUCAUCUUUGCCCUCUGACAACAUGACUGUUGAGCAGUGCGUUGCUGACUGCAAAGGCAAUGGCUUCCGCUAUGCUGGCCUCGAGUAUUAUGGCGUCUGCUUCUGCGGCAACACUGUGGAUGGUCCUCAGGUUGAUGACUCUCAGUGUACCUUCCCUUGCAACGGCGACAAGUCCGAGACAUGCGGAGGAAACAAUCUCCUCUCUGUCUGGCAAGACCCAACAUUCCCCACCAAGGACGUCACCAUCGGUGACUACAAGGCUUCUGGUUGCUACACUGACAACUCGCAACUGGGUCGUACCCUUUCCUGGUCCGCUGAUGUUGAUUCGUCUACUUUCACCACCGAGAGCUGUUUGACUGCCUGUGAGAAAGAAGGUUUCCCGUUGGCCGGUACUGAGUUUGGAGGUGAAUGCUGGUGCGGCAAUGUUCUUGCAAAUAACACUGCCAAGGUAGAUGACUCGCAAUGCAACUUUGCUUGCAACGGAAACCCAUCGGAAACGUGCGGUGGAAGCGGCCUCUUGAACCUGUACAUCGCCACAGAUCUGGAGUCCCUGGAGCCCUGCGGUUGGCAUCCUCCUCCUCCCAGCUCCACGACUUCCACAACCUCCACAACUUCCACAUCUUCCACGCCUCCUCCUCCUCCCACCACCACCACCACCACCACGACUACCACCACGAGCACCAGCACCACAACCACCAGCUCUGUGUGCACAGCUACCGUCACCACUCCUCCCACUUGCGAGUACAAGUGUGGCAAGUGGUGCUUCCCACCUCUGCCCGAUUGGGGUAAUGAAAAGGACUGCUUGAAGGCCUAUGCUACUUGUGCUGCCAGCACCGCUUCUUGCUUCAUUCACGCUGGGUUCCCCGAUGUUCUCCAGUGCUUCAACUUUGGCGAAUGGUGUGGCAACAUUCAAAAGUACUGCGGCUCGACAUGCAAGUACGGCAAGUGCUCCAAGGGCGAUUGUUGGAGCCACUACCCCGGUCAGGGCGGCAGUCCCCCCAAGACGACUACUACUGUCGUUCCUUGCACCACGACAUCCAAGCCUCCGGCUACCACGACAACACCUUCCACCUGCCCUCCUCCUCCUACCAACAUUUGCACGCAGCCCACCAACUCCAAGUACGGAUACGGCCCAGGCAAGCCUGUCGGUGGAAUCGCUCUGCCCAUUGUUAGCUGCAAUGACAUCUAUAGCGACUGGCGAAACAACCCCUUCAAGCUGUAUAUUGACCAGAACAGCCGCAACUGCCCCUCAUACCCCCCUCCAAAAUGCAGCAACGCUUGCGCCGAUGCCUGCAAGGAGCAGUACAACCAGUGCACAAACGUAUACCAGAAGGGCUGCCAGGAUGGCUCCAGCGGCCGAUGGAAGCGUAACGAGGAGGUCAAGCGCCUGCUUGGCAUCAGCCAGUUCACCCAGAACUGGGGUUUCGGCGACAACACUCCUUCCAAUGCGGCCAAGAAGUGCCAGGCCCAGUAUUCAGACUGCUUGGCUGUCAACAAAAAUGUCAACCCCAAGCAGCAGUGCAAGACCUGGGGC